AUGGUAUCAGUUAGCACCACCUCCACUCCUGUCUUCUUGAUGUUUGGCAAUGGGUGGAUUGCCAACCAAAUCAAGGAAGUCCUUGUAUCUCAAGGCAAGAUCAUUAUCAUGUCUCAGGCCCGGACUGAGAGCCGUGAACAGAUAUUGAGCGAGCUGAUCAAACAUAAGCCGAGUCGAGUCCUAAACUGUGCCGGCACACGCGGCACCCCAAAUGUCGACUGGUGUGAGCAACAUAAGAUUGAGACUGUCCGUUCCAAUAUUUUAGGCACGCUCAACGUAGUAGACGCCUGUCAUCAGCUUGACAUUCACGUCACGCACAUUGGCUCGGCCUGCAUAUACACACUCUCUGAGGAAGAGAUUGACAACCACCCGCCCUUCAAGGAGACAGACGAACCGUUCUUCCAGGGCUCCUGGUAUGCUCGGAGCCGCCUGCUCAGCGAGCUGUCUAUUCGUCAUUACCCUAACCUUCUGCUUCUGCGUAUUCGUCUCCCAAUUGCGGCCGACAUGCAUCCCAACAAUCAUCUCAGCCGACUGUUGAAAUUCGAGAAGAUUGUUGACCGAACAGGAUCUGGAACCGUCCUGCCAAAUCUACUCCCAGGUGCCAUUAUUCUCUCCGAGAAUGCGGAGACGGGAAUCUACAACUUUGUGACACCUGGCGAGAUCAGCAAUGUCGAGCUCAUGGAGCUAGCCAAGCAGCACAUCCGACCUAACCUGGUAUGGAGUACAUUCAAGUUGGAUGAUAUGCUUGCGAUAUUGAAGGCCCCCAGAGCAAACUGUAUCAUGGAUGCCAAUAAGCUGACGAAUAAACUGCGGGAAUACGGGUAUGAGAUUAAAGAACGUCGGGAGGCUUUGGAGGAAGUAUUUCGAACGCUGGCACAGAAUGGGGUGUAA